UAGAGCUGUCACUUCCCGUGUCAUGUGCUGCGGUUACCCACGGGGACCCACGGCGGUGUGGAGGUCGAGCCACCGAAGCUGUGUCCCCUCCCAUAGGCGUCCCCUGUCGCCGUGCGCGGCCACACCUGCAUUAAACGGGGAAAGUCCGUCCGACAGCGCGUCAAAGCGACUGAAAGGCUUCGGAGGAGCUGAGGUAGGAAGCACAUUACUGCUCUCAUCGCAUGACUCUGACUGGACACUUUGAUCCGAAAAGGUUAAAGCCAUGAAUUCCUAAAAUGAUUGGUGGUAGCGAUACUUUGUACAGGACGCGGGGUGGGAAAUAAGGAUUAAAACAACAAAUCGACCGGCCAGAUUCGCAAAAGAAGAAACCGAGUGCUGCGCGCAGGUUUUCCAUUGUGAUCCUGACAGUGCAAAGACAGUCACACUGACUCGGCUAUUGUCUCGCAUUGUUUCCGGACAGAGUGAGGCUCCCUGGGUGCCUCUGCUGUCCAGUGUGACUGUAGAGAAGAAAGAAAGCUCAGCUUGUCUGAAAAUUCCUAUUCAGCAUCAAUUCCCUUUGCCAGCCACAUUUGCAACCCCAAGAACAACAGUGAAGUCUCAGCACUAUCUCUACCCCCAAGCCAUCCCUCCAUCCUCAGCCCCGUCUACUCUAACCCCCUUAUCCCUAUCCCAGUCCCUCAGCCCCUUCCCUCUCUCCAAGACCGGCUACAGCCUCAGCCUUUGCCCCACUCAGAGUCCCAGAUGACAGCUCAGAAACAUCCGUUACCCUCCCGCUCCAUACAAGCCUUCUUUCCUCUCCGUCCAGCCCCUGUGGCGUUGGCACCGAUGCCCAUCACAUAGACAGAUGGAGCCAACCCUGACCCCUCUCCUCGCCCGUGGGGACGCCAAGAGAAUCAACGCCUGACUAGAGGAAAAGGGGUGUGUGUGAGUGCAUGUGGGGCAAAACAGGAAGGAGAGAGGAGGAGAGUAUUGCUUUGUCACCACAGCAACACACCACCCAGUCUCCCGUUGACUCCCCUUCAGCCCAACUGGAGGCCUUCUGUUAAAAACACGAACAGCAGGAACUUCAGCAGCAUAACCAGAAGGACCUUGUCGCCAGCCCCCUAAAUUGUGCAUACUAUAUUUUUUCUAUGAUUAUUUGGCAGAGAUACUUUGUUCCGUUAUUGUGUGGAGAGAAAACGCAAACAUUGAUCACACUGUAAAUCUUGCAAACAUCAUUUAAAAAAAGAGGAAACUACAAGAGUAUUGAAAACGCUGAAUGGGGUCUUCUACCCAGUCGAAAGUGUUGCUCAAGUUUCAUUCUGGGCCCCACACUUCCUCUGGCCUCUAUGAUCUGAAUACAGUACGGUGUUGUCUCUGCACUGCAAAUCCAUAUUAGAAGGUCUGUGGAAGUUUGGACUCCUUCCCUUGGACAUUGAAGCUGCAAAGAGGAUUUGGAUCCGCCUAUGUAUAGAGUAACAGUGAGCUACAGAAUGUUGCUCCACACAGGACAUAGAGACCUGAACUCUCGAGGCCAGAAGUAAUAAAACUACAAUUCACAGAGCUCACUGAAUCAUAGUUUCAGUGCAUACCUUUCAUUUCCUCUGCACAUAUCCCACCAACUCAAGACACUUGAGACAAUCAGGAUUAUAUUUGAAUGCUGAUUUUCUUUUCCUGCUGGUCCUGACACACCUGUGAUGGCUGUCGGUGAGUGAAAUAAGGAUUGGAGUUAUUAUCAAGUGGAUUCUGUUGUACCCGUUGUGGUGGCAACUUUUUCUAUCAGGCUGGGAGUGGCAUCAAGAUGCCUGAACUGGACAACUUUUCCCCCCUGAGGGGUCAGAGUGGCUCUGAAUUGGGCCUAAAUGGUCCAGCAGACCCACUUCGGAUUCAGCACAGCAUCCUGGAUGAGCAGGUGGAGCUGUGGUGGUUCAGAGAUCCUGGAAAAUCUCUGCUCUGUUACUUUGUGGCUGUACUUCUAAUCCUGGGGUGCGGCCUUGGUGGCGUUGGACUUCUCUCUACCACUACCAGUGUCUCAAGCGAAUGGCGGCUUGGCGCAGGAACGGCCCUCUGUUUACUAGCCCUAGGAGUGCUGCUCAAACAACUGCUCAGCUCGGCCGUGCAGGACAUGAAUUGCAUCCGAAGCCGGCAGCGGAUUAACAUGCUAAAAAGUGGUGGUUUAUCGGACCUCCUUGUGGUAUCGAUUACUGGGAUGUCACUGUUGAUUUGUGGAGGUGUUUUACUACAUCUGGCCCUAGCUAAUCACAUGCCAAAGCCUGGUCAAGCUCUUAAUGACAUGUACAUUUCUGGAGUGGUUUUGCUAGCUGGAGGGGGGGCUGCAGUUGUGGGUGUUGGAAUAUACUCUAUUGUGGUCAUCCUGCUUGAGAGGACAAGGCAUGGACGAAGGUUGGUGGACCGGGUCUUUAAUAUCUUCACUGUUUCUGGACACAUGGACCGUCACGCUCGCAGGGAAACAAACUCCAGUCUGGCUAACCUCAUAUGAGACAUAAGACUGUUUUUGCCGCUUUUUCUCUUCAUAUCAGAACAUUUAGCACCAACUAAAUUAGAGCAUACUUGCUCAAAUCUUACAAGACAUCUAAUAAAAACAAGAUUCAUCCCUUAGAUGCUUCAGCUUUUUCACUAGCCGAUAAGAUGAUCUGUAUGUGGCAAAAUACAAUAGGUUGAAUUUUUUAUAUGUAUUGGUAAAAAUGUUGCAAUAAGCAAUCAAAUCUCAUUCAGAGCCAGAGAACGGGUUGAACGAUAAAACACAGAAGACUGCAUGGCUCAAAAUGAAGCUGAAAAUCUCCCAAUUCAGAAGAUUUUCUCAACUUGUUUUUAGGUUCACAUUUAGAUGUUUUGGCAUAAAUUUAUCAUGUGCGUUGUAUCUGAAAUUCAAAAUCUGAAAUGUAUUCAUGUUCUGUAAAAACUCCAUUCUCUCAGGACGAAGGCCAAAAUGUUGUCGUUUUGCAGAGGAAAUGUGAGUAUGCUGGACAUCAACACAAAAACAUAGAAAAUAAGUUUAAAAAACGUAAUAACCGUGAUUGAUAUUUGAUGGUGAUAAGUGAUAUUUAGGGAUAUUCAUUAAAAUGAAAAGCACAUAAAAACACAUUUAAGGGAGAAUUGUUGGAAGAUAAAUCUGUUGAUGUUGUUAUCUGGUUGGUUCAGCAGUCUGAAAUUGAAAACGAAGGCAUGUGGUGUGACUAUAGACUUCAAUGUAAUGGGUCAUUUGGUUUGUAUACGCUUUUCUCCCCAAAUGGUGUCUAUACAAAAAGUUCUAAGAAUACAAAGAUAAAGCUAAGGACACUCAAGGUAGUGGUUGAAAUGUAAUAUACAAUUUGAACUAAUGGACAUUUAAUAUUCUUUAUGCUAUAAAAAUGUGGGUUUUCUUUUGCACACACCUAAACACUACCCCCUCAAUUAUUGUAUGAUAGUAGAUUACAGCAGCAGCUCAAGCUAAAAUAAAAGUGGAAGAUUCAGAAUGAGUGAGUAUGUUUUAUAAAUAUGAAGAAACCUAAUCAAAAGUUGGAACUGGGAAGUCAUUAUGCUUCUUUCACAAAAUCAUGUGAAUGUACAGCAUGCUGACAUUGCUGCAUUGUUUUUUAUUGAAUCUUAUUUUUUCUUCAGUAGAGUUGAAACGUUCACUUUCAAAGCAUAAAGGUCCCAUUAUUAAGAAAUACUGUGCAGUGAUAAAUGAAGGUCAUUUGUGUUUGUAAAAUGUUUCCAAAGCCUUUGAGAGCCACUACUCACAUUGCCUUCCACAAGAACCUCCGGAAAAGGUCCUGCAUUAUGUACCAUUUGUGUGUGUGUGUGUUGUGUAUGCGUGUGUGUGUGUGUGUGUGUGUGUGUGUGUGUGUGUGUGUGUGUGUGUGUGUGUCACGCCUCUUUAUCUGCCUUCACAUGCGCACAGCCUAUUGCCUUGAGACAAAAGGGGUCACAGUUAAACAUUGUUGGAGUGAUGACGGACAGCAAACUGAAGGCACAAUGCACAAAGCAACGUACUGCAGGGCCUGGUAUGGACAAGCACCAAUCUCUCUAUAACACACACACACCCACAGAAAACGAAGAGAUUCCCACUACUGUUUUACAACACACAGAAAUCGUGUAAUCCUUUCGUACAUGAACCUGUCUUUUGACCCACAGUGUAAAGUAGCAAUGACACGUUGUGUAUCCAUGCAUAACAGCAAGAAGAGGUGAGCACAGCGAAGGGAGCGGCAAGACUGAGAGGAUUUAGAGCUUUUUCUGUCAAACUAAGACAGAGAAAGUAUUCGAAACAAUUUAAUCCAGAGCAAAAGGACUUCUGCUAUAAAGAUUUUUAUAUUUUUUUCCAAGAGACAGAAUAUCUAUAGAAUAUGAAGUCUGAUCAAAAUGAGUAAAAAUAUACCUUUAUCAUA